GAAUGAGUAAUGUUAGUUCGAAAAGAUUGACAUUUCUCAGGUCUCGGACACCGUCCACCAGAUGCCGGUGACCAUCAUGCUGUAACUUAUUGCACGUCUACCUUCAGUUGCCAUGAAACAUCCCACUCCAACCGAAUUCAUUGAAAUGAUGAGACGAUGAAUGCUGAAAAGCGAAUCCAGUGUUCGGACAAUUACAUCUUAAGCUGAGCCUUAGAUCACUGGUCUUGGUACUUUGUGGACUCUGUUGACGGUCAAUAGAUCUCCUUUACGGUAAAGCUUGUACCUUGAAGUGCAUGACACAGACCUCCAAUUCUAUCAAAUUCUACUUUGAAAAUGGACGAUUGGGCUCCGGACACAUGUUCAAGACGUUUCAUUCAUGUAUCACGUCAUGUAACGGGCCCAAAAAGAUACUGCAACUCAACCAGAGGAGAAGUCAAGCGGCGGUAGCUUCAACGCAGUAGCGAUGCUGGACGGCAUAUGGACCACGUUCUGUGAUAAUGCAGAACCGUCACAAAAGAACAGCUGUGGAAAGCCAUGCGAGCACUGGGUAAAGUUAGUCGAGAGUACGCCGGGGCUGGGAUCAGCUCUUGCCAUUGCACCUUGCGCUCGACACGCUGUCAGUAUAGGAACCCAGCUGUUUUUUCUGGCCCUCUUUUUUGUCUUCCUGUUAUCAGCUCUCUAUCGUCCCAGCAGGGCUUCAGUGAAGUUCACUGGAAAAUCUCGAGUUGAUUCUUCGCUCCUCGUCACUGGAUCCUGCUGGGCGGCAGCAGUAGCUGGAGUCGGGAAUGUGGGACUUGCCUCAUGGCUCGUGGCAUGGAACUGGAAAGGAACUCAGCAUGUAGCAGUGCACGAGUGGGCUGUAGCAGUAGCCCAGGGAUGCACUUGGAUAUUCCUGGCAUACAGUGCCAAAGCACAAGUCAGAUACAAGAUCGAGACAUUUCUUCGCAUAUGGUGGAUAAUAGCUUUUCUGCUCGGCACCUUCGAUGCAAUUUUGUCCGCAGCAGACCUGGUGUCUGCCAAGGGGGUUUUUGCUUUGAGACUUUGGGCUGUGCUGUCGUGGCCAGUGUUCUGCAUGUACCUCCUUCUCGGGAUCAGGGGUCUGAGAAGAAAGUCAAACAAUGAUUUGAAGGGCAGUGCCGAAGAGCCUCUUCUGCCAGGAAGCUCGUCUGAUGAUAAUGCUGAUAUCAUCGAGAAGUCUGGUGAGAAUAUCACGCCUUUUGCCACAGCUGGGAUCGUAAGUCGAGCAGCAUUUUUUUGGCUCGAUCCGCUGCUGAGGAAGGGUUAUAAGCAGCCCUUGGAGCACAGCGAUGUGCCUAGCCUAGGCCCUCAUGACAGGAGCGAAGCAGCCAUAGCUAGAUUCAUAAGAGAGUGGAAGAAUCAGAAGGAGAAGAAUCCCGGUAGAAAACCAACCGUCUUAUCCGUCCUGGCAGCAUGCUACUGGAAAAGCCUGGCCGCCACAGGGUUCUUUGCUUUUCUGAAAGUGUCCAUGGCCCUCUCGGGCCCAAUGCUGCUCAAUACAUUUAUCAAAUACGCAUCUGGUGUUCGGUUCUUUCCGUAUGAUGGCUACGUCAUCGUGCUGGGCCUGUUCUCGGCCAAAAUGCUGGAGUCUCUUACGCAGCGGCAGUGGAAUUUCGGCAGUCGGAGAUUGGGAAUGCAUCUGCGCUCGUCUCUCAUCGGCGCCAUCUUCCGCAAGGAGCUGAGACUGUCGAGCGCAGGCCGACAGAGGCACUCGACUGGUGAAGUGGUGAACUACAUGGUGGUGGAUGCUUACCGAGUUGGAGAAGCUCCAGACUGGCUGCAUAAGCUGUGGACCACGCCUGUGCAAAUCACCAUCGCCUUGGCCAUUCUCUCGUACACAGUUCAAUGGGCAACGAUCGCAGGUUUGAUCGUCAUCAUCUGCACCAUGAUAUUGAACACUCCUCUGGCCAGAGCCGAGCACCGAAGCGUGAAUCGUCUCAUGGCCGCUCAGGAUAACAGGCUACGAGCAACCUCGGAAGCCCUCCGGAACAUGAAGAUUUUGAAGCUGCAAGCUUGGGAGCUGAGGUUCCAGGAGGAGAUUGGCAAGCUGCGAACAGAGGAAGUGCGAUGGCUGAAAAUAACUCAGAUUCAUCGCACCGUCAAGUCCCUUGUGUUCUGGAUGACUCCGGUGUUUGUGUCCACGGCUACUUUCUGUGCCUGUGUCUUCCUCGACAUCCCUCUGAAUGCGAGCAACGUGUUCACAGCUCUAGCUACACUGCGUAUCGUGCAGGAGCCCAUACGUUCUCUUCCAGAUGUGUUUGCUGCAGUCAUCCAAGCAGGAGUGGCUUUGGGACGGAUAACCAAAUUUCUGCAAGAGGAUGAACUGCAGGCUGAUGCAGUUGACAGGACCCAAGUCAAAUGUGGAGAUGUUGCCAUCAGCAUGCAGAAAGCAGUGCUCAGCUGGGACAGUGCAGAUGCAGUUCCAACACUGAGAAACAUCAGUAUGGAAAUCAAGCAUGGACAGCACGUGGCCGUCUGUGGGACUGUCGGAGCUGGAAAGUCCACUCUUAUCUACUCGAUCCUUGGGGACAUACCCAAGCUUUCUGGGGAGAUAAAAGUGUCGGGCAGCAUCGCGUACGUAGCACAGACGGCGUGGAUACAGAGUGGAACGAUAAGAGAUAAUAUUCUGUUCGGGAAACCCAUGGACAGAAGUAGAUAUGAAGAGACCAUUCGAGCCUGCGCGUUGGAAUCAGACAUUCAAGGUUUUGAAUAUGGAGAUCUCACUGAAAUAGGAGAGAGGGGCAUCAACAUGAGCGGUGGUCAGAAGCAGCGCAUACAGCUGGCGAGAGCAGUCUACCAAGAUGCUGACAUUUACCUUCUUGAUGAUCCGUUCAGCGCUGUGGAUGCCCACACUGGCUCAAGCAUUUUUAAAGAUUGCGUCAGAGGUGUUCUGUUAUCCAAGACAGUGAUUUUAGUCACACAUCAGGUGGAAUUUUUACCGGCUGUCGACAUGAUUCUGCUUCUGAAGGAUGGGCAGAUUAUUCAAUCAGGAAGGUACAGCGAACUAGCCUCAACUGGCAGUGCGUUCGCAGAGCUUGUCAGCGCCCACGUGGAAACUAUGAAUCUUCAUGGUGAACACCUCAAUGACUCCACAGGCCUUUUACAAACUGCUGAUUCCGACUCGUCGAGCCGCAAGGAAGUGCAGGCUUCAGUGGCAGGGUCUUGGAAGAAUGAGGUCCAGCUCGUAAAGAAGGAAGAGCAGGAAACAGGUGACUCUGGCUUGGCCCCGUUCAUCGAGUACCUCACCCAAGCCAGAGGAUGGUUGUACCUCCUGGGCGCCGUCGGGGUUGUCACAAUUUUCCUUUCGGGGCAAGUGAUGAGCAACUGGUGGAUGGCGUCACAAGUCGAGAACCCGAAGAUCACUCUUGCCCGCUUGGUUGGAGUUUAUUCGGCGAUAAACCUUAGUUCUGCUGGAUUUGUUGCCCUGCGUACCGUGUUUUCGUUUUUCAUGGGUAUGGCUACAUCCAGAGUUCUGUACUCGAGGUUGAUGACCUCUAUAUUCCGCUCUCCUAUGAGUUUCUUCGACUCUACUCCGCUUGGAAGGAUUCUAAGUCGGAUAUCAUCAGACCUACAAAUUCUGGAUAAUGAUGUCCCAUUGGCCUUCGGUUUCACAAUCUCGUCAACCAUGAACGCUUUGACCACUUUGGCGGUGACAGCUGUGGUCACUUGGCAAACUUUGAUCGUUGUGAUCCCAGUGAUCUUCAUCAACAGAUGGCUUCAGCAUUAUUAUCUGACUUCGGCAAGACAGUUGAUGAGAAUCAACGCCACAUCCAAGUCCCCAGUAGUGAAUCAUUUCGGAGAAACGAUCGCCGGAGCAACAACUAUUCGGGCUUUUGGAAGAGAGGACACAUUCAAGAGGAAGAAUGAGGAGCACGUGAACUCAAAUGCUGCUCCUUUCUUUCACACCAUUUCAGCGAACGAGUGGCUCACCCAACGCUUGGACUUUCUCUGUACUUGUCUCUUGUGCUCUUGUGCUCUGGUCAUGGUUCUUCUGCCCUCUGGAACGGUUGAACCUGGGUUCGCCGGACUGGUGUUGACGUACGGCCUGUCUCUCAAUAUGGUCAUGAUGGCCAGUGUUAACAAUCAGUGCGUCCUGGCAAAUCACAUCAUCUCGGUGGAGCGUGUGAAACAAUACAUGUAUAACGAACCCGAGGCUCCUGCCAUUAUCAAGGACUCCCGCCCUCCGACGAACUGGCCUACCCAAGGCCGGAUCGAAAUGAACAAUCUGCAGGUUCGGUACAGGUCGAACACGCCUCUGGUAUUGAGGGGAAUCACUUGCAGCUUCGAAGCAGGACAGAGAGUAGGAGUCGUCGGUCGCACAGGAAGUGGGAAGACCACGCUUAUCAGCUCACUGUUUCGCCUCGUGGAGCCAUCUGCAGGGACCAUAACCAUCGACGGUCUGGACAUUUCGACCAUUGGCCUCCAUGACUUGCGCUCUCGGUUGAGUAUCAUACCCCAGGAGCCAGCUCUAUUUCGGGGGACCGUGCGUUUCAAUAUGGACCCACUCGGAGAGCACACAGAUGAGGAUGUCUGGAUGGCUCUGGAAAAAUGUCAGCUGGGUGACGUUAUCCGAAACAAGGAAGAGAAACUAGACUUCAAAGUCACUGAUGAUGGAGAGAACUGGAGCGUGGGUCAAAGGCAGCUGUUCUGUCUGGGCAGAGUGCUGCUGAAACACAAUCGCAUUCUCGUUCUCGAUGAGGCAACAGCGUCCAUUGACAACACCACGGAUGCCAUCUUGCAAAAGGUCAUCCGCGAAGAGUUUACCGACAGCACUGUCAUUACAGUCGCACAUCGAAUCCCGACAGUCAUUGACAGCGACAUGGUCAUGGCUCUAAAUGAUGGUCUGCUGGUGGAGUACGAUCAGCCGAUGAAGCUUCUGGAGAAUAGUUCGACGCUUUUCGCUCGACUGGUUGCUGAGUACUGGUCGCACUCUCAUCACGCCGCGUAGGACCGGAUCCCCUUGUGUCCACGUUGGAACGGGAGCAACAAGUGAAGAUUUCUCGCUUUCGUGAGCAGAAUCGGUGAUGCUUGCGUGGCAGCUCCCCUGUACAAUGCCCUGUAGUCUGUUCUGUAUGUACGUAUGACGUAGCAAUAUGGAGCCCAAUCGCUCCUUCCCCAGCCCAAGCUCCCUCAUCGGGCUCGAGCAGAAUAAUUCGUUCCGCUGCAGUUUUGGUGAAAUGCAAGCAAGCAAGGCUCAUUUAUAUGAUUGCUAAUUUUCCACGUAUCACAGAGCAAGGUGACUUUGUGAAAGCGUACUCGCUGAUUUAGUUAGUUAGUGGUAGUAACGCAAUGAUGUAGUUGUACAUUUACGAGUAAAGUCAGAUUCUUUCUGUCUUCAGCAGCAGUAAAAUUAUAGCAACUUUUAAAUCUUUUUUAUCGGGUACCUAUUAGUUUGUGACAAUCAGGCAGGUUAUGAUAAGGUUUUUUUUCAGGCUAAGUUUGGCUCCAUGUGUAAUUUUGAGCAAUGAACUCUAAAUUUAAUGCUAGAACACACGUUGGAGUGG